CAAAUCGUGGCCCCACCCCUUGCCCCGGAAGUACUUUCUGGAAGCAGCGCUUUCUGGGAUUGUUGGCCCAUCGGGCUUCCUUUUUUUCCGACAUCUUAGUGUGGCUGCAGUGGUCCACACUACUCUCUGAGUUUCGCCAUGCCGCCCAAAGACGACAAGAAGAAGAAGGAUGCCGGAAAGUCGGCCAAAAAAGACAAGGACCCAGUAAAUAAAUCUGGUGGCAAGGCCAAAAAGAAGAAGUGGUCCAAAGGCAAAGUUCGGGACAAGCUGAACAAUCUCGUCCUGUUUGACAAAGCUACUUACGACAAACUUUGUAAGGAAGUUCCCAACUAUAAGCUUAUUACUCCAGCUGUGGUCUCCGAGAGACUGAAGAUUCGAGGUUCCUUGGCCAGGGCAGCCCUUCAGGAGCUACUUAGUAAAGGUAAAAGAUGCGCACUGUGUUUUUACAAGUGGGCUGUCUCGUUACUAGUAUUACUGGGAAAGCUUCUGAAGGAUAGAUUGACUGGCAUUGCAAAGUUUUUAGAUGUGAAAAUUGAGAUUUCCAUCACUUUUAUACCAUAGAGUCCUAUGUAGUUCGUUGAGGCACAAUCAUCCUUCAAGUGAAUGCAUAAUUUGAAAUUAGAGAAAAUUGCUUUUUUGAGGUACAACCCUGUUUCUGUGUAGCCCUGUAAUGGAACUCCCCUUGUAGACCAGGCUGGUCUCAACUCGGGCUGGGAAUAAAUGUGCCCACCACCUCCCUCUCUUUAAGUCACCUUAUGGUUGGCCUUGAAUUCCUGAUCAGUUACUGGGAUUAAAGGCAAGUACCACUGUGCCCUGUUUUUUUGAAAUAACCAUUUCCAAAAUGUCCAGGCAAAUUAUCUUUCUGCCUCUGGUGUUUUGGUUUUUUUUAAGUACAUGAGCUGACAACAUACAGCAAGGUCUACACAGAAGAGGUCUAGGUGUUGUGGUUUUAGUUGGGUGACAGAUAUAAACUCCUUCCAACAUGGAUUUGAUGGUCCAUUAAAUCUGUACUAAUGAUCUAGAAGAUAAGUUGAGGGCCAGUUCAUGUCCUGCAGAGCCUCAUGCAGUUACUCCUGUAACUGGAACAGUUUUAUGGCAAGACAGGAGACUUAGCCAGGAGCUCUCAGGCCAGCUAGCUUAGUAUGCUGUUGUACGGCUACAUGAGAUACUGCCGCAACAGGGCGGGAGAGUAAACUGACCCCUGGUAGUCGACUCUCCCUACACUCAAACACUAAAUUCAUAGGAAAUCCUAAAAGCAGCUUCAUUGAUGGCUCAUUUGUUGGUUCACCUGCCCCAGUUUCUCUAUAGACCAGGUUGGACUCUUGUCUAAGUGUUGGGGUAAAGUGUACACACUUGUAAACCCAGCAUAUUAAAGACCAAAGGGAUCAGCACCAAUUCCCGGAUCAGCUGGGAAUACAGAAUAUGACCUGGCACCUUAAGAAUUAAGGAGUUCUGUUUGGAGAAGUAGGAAAGCCAUAUAAAGAAGUCUGACGUCCUUGGAGCUGGAGAGAUGGCUCCAAACCCUCUCGAUACCAGUCCCAGACCAGAUAGAUGCACGUGUACACAUGUAUUCAGACAAAAACCUUCAAAUACAUUGAAUUUUAAAACUGUGCCUUUUCUCCUUAGGACUUAUCAAGCUGGUUUCAAAGCACAGAGCCCAAGUAAUUUACACCAGAAACACAAAGGGUGGAGAUGCCCCAGCUGCUGGUGAAGAUGCAUAAACAGGUGGGAACCAAAGGUUUCUUGGUUGUUGAAGUAGUAUAUGUUCCCUUUAUAAGAUGCUUGGUUUAUGACUUCGUUUUCUUGUUUGUUUUACAGAUUGAAUCAGCUGUACAUUUGGGAAAAUAAAACUUUAUUGAAUCAAA